AUGCCUUCCUCAAAAUUGGACCAGGCCGAAUACCUUAUCAACCUACUAGGUCGCAAGCGCAAUACAGUGGAGCGUGAAGUGGGAGACGAUUUAGAUCACAAAAAUUCUCAUAGCAGCAACUCCGAUACAGACUUUGAAGACGUAGUAUAUACGCAUUUGACGCGAGACGAAAUGAUGAAACAAUUGCACAAUAAGGCUCUGGCAGGUGAGUGGACGUUAAGCUUGCCGUCGAUUGAGCUUGGGUACCAAUCGAGCACAACGGAGCAGCAAGAUGAAUGCCUUGACGAUGUGGUUGAGACAUACUUGGAGAAUCCAAAGACAAGAUUUUACAAAGAAGCACAUUUUAACUACAUUGAGAAAUGUCUUACGGCUAAAUUACCGAGUGGUUACAAGUCACUCGAUGCAAACCAUCCCUGGAUGAUGUAUUGGUUGGUAAAUUCUCAUUUGGUGAUAAAAGACAAUGAUGGAGAGUCGAGAUUGAGUAAAGACAUUGUCAAUUUGGUCAACAGGAAAAUCGAGUCCUGCAUUAUUGAUGAAGGAAGAGGUGGCAUUGCCGGUGGAGCAAAUCAGAUGGGUCAUUUAGCAUCGACUUAUGCUGCUGUGUUGACCUUAGUUCUUACUCGAAACACACCAACAUUGCUAAAGAUACGGACCAACUUGUAUACGUGGAUCAUGGGUCUAAAGCGAAAGACAAAGCAGGGAUCGUCAUUCCUCAUGCAUGGAUUGGGGGAAUACGACACGAGGUCAACGUAUUGUGCGUUGGUGAUUUGUGUCUUGUUGAAUACCGCAACACCUGAAUUGGUUGAAGGUGUUGCGGAUUGGAUAAUCUCUUGUCAAACUUAUGAGGGGGGUUUUGCCGGAGUGCCCAACACCGAGGCUCAUGGAGGGUAUACGUUUUGUGCGUUUUCGUCAUUGUUUAUAUUGAACACGGCUCCACAGGAUAUAAUUGGGCAAAUCAAUUUUGACAAAUUUGUUAGGUGGUGCGUUGCUCGACAAACAUGUGAAGGUGGAUUUUCAGGAAGGACCAAUAAGUUGGUAGAUGUUUGUUAUAGUUUUUGGAUUGGAGCCUUGAUGCCCAUGAUUGAUGUUUUACAAAAGUCCCACACAUUCAACAAAGAGGCUUUGAGAAAUUACAUUUUGCGAAUUGCUCAAGUUAAAUCUGGUGGAUUCCGUGACAAGCCAGGAAAACUGGUUGACUUUUAUCAUACAAAUUAUGCAUUGUGUGGCCUCAGUUGUUGUGAGCAUGACUAUCGUUUGAUUGACGAUGGGGAAAACAGCAGCUUGGCUUUUAGGAUAGUUGAGAAUAGCACAAAUGAAACCACUUUUACAUACGCUGUGAACCCUGUCUUUGGGAUUCCAACUUCGUUUUGUAAUUCGUCGCUAAGAAAUGUGUGA